GUCAGACGGCCCCUUAGUAGGUGGGAGUUUCUCUUGUUUCUUGGUGUUGGAAAAAAACACACAGCAGCACCCCCAUCAUCGCCAGAAGCCAGCGAUCAGGAAGCUUUCUGAGAUAUGGUCCAAUGCUGAUGGCGCACUCUGAGCUGUUUGUGUCGAGAGCACCCCCUGUGGAGGGGAAAGCGGCUGACUUGGAUGCUCUGAGCUUCCUGGACUCUUUCGGGGACGAAAACAGCACUGCGGAGAGAUGCUACCGCUCACACUCCCGCAGCAGCGUCCUGCAGGGUCUCCCGUUUGGAGGGGUGCCCACGGUCCUCGCAAUCAAUGUUGUCCUUUGGAUGUUCCUGCUGCUCAUCUUCUCCUGUCUGAGGAAGGCUGCAUGGGACUAUGGCCGCCUGGCUCUGCUGAUGGAGAAUGACAGUCUCACGUCCCUGUUUUAUGGAGAACCAAGUGAGAAGGAGAAGUCUCCAUCAGAGUCCAGCCCCUCCGACUCUGACACCAAGGACAUGGGCUUCUGCUCGUGGCUAUCAUCACUUUACCAUAUGAAGGAUGAUGAGAUCCGUAGCAAGUGCGGCAUCGAUGCGGUCACAUACCUGUCCUUCCAGCGCCACAUCAUCCUGCUCAUGACAGUGGUUUGCCUGCUGUCUUUGGCCGUAAUCUUACCGGUCAACUUUUCCGGGGACCUCCAGGGAGACAGUCCUGAAAACUUUGGAAGAACAACACUGGCUAAUGUGAGCGCAAAGGACAGCUUUCUUUGGCUCCACAGCAUCCUGGCUCUGGUCUACUUCAUCAUCACGGUGAUGUGUAUGGCUCACCACUUGGUACGGCUGGAGUACAGAGAAGAUGAGAAGGUAGCCAGGACGCUGAUGAUUACGUCAAUACCAACAGAGAUCUCUGACCCGGGGCUCAUCACCAAACACUUCCAUGAGGCCUACCCCAGCUGUACUGUCACUGAUAUUCGGUUCUGCCUCGAUGUCCACAACCUGAUGAGGCUGGACUUGGAGAGACGGAAAGCAAUGAAGGGCAGGCUGUAUUUUGCCAGUAAGGCCCAAAAGGAGGGGAAGAUCAUGAUCAAGAUCCAUCUAUGCGCUCAGAUAUUCUGCUGUGACUUCUGUGGGUUUGAAAAGGUGGAUGCAGAGCAGUACUACAGCGAGUUAGAAGAAAAGCGGACAGAUGAGUUUAAUGCUGAGAAGAACUGCAUCUCUAUGAAGAGGCUGGGCAUCGCCUUUGUGACCUUUCGAGAUGAAAGGAUGACUGCUGUCAUUGUGAAGGACUAUGGUUUUGUUCGCUGCCGUCGUUCACCCCAGCAGUCCAGCAUCACCACCGUGGUGCAGUCGCACAAAUGGGGGGUCAGCUACGCACCUGCUCCCAGUGACAUCAUCUGGGAAAACCUGUCCUUGUGCGGAUCUCGCUGGUGGCUCCGCUGCAUCGUGCUCAACAUCCUCCUCUUCCUGCUUCUCUUUUUCCUCACCACUCCCGCCAUCAUCGUCAACACUAUGGACAAGUUCAAUGUCACAAGGCCUGUGGACAGCCUGCGGAGCCCUAUCAUUACCCAAUUCUUCCCAACCCUCCUGUUGUGGGCGUUUUCAGUGCUCCUGCCCUUCAUCGUCUACUACUCUGCUUUCUUUGAGUCCCACUGGACCAGAUCUGGUGAGAACCAGGUCACGAUGCACAAGUGUUUUUUCCUGCUGGUCUUCAUGGUCAUCAUCCUGCCCUCACUUGGUCUGUCCAGUCUUGACCUGUUUUUCACAUGGCUCUUUGAUGUCAACUUCCUGAAUGAGAAGGAAGUCAAAUUCCAGUGUGUGUUUCUUCCUGACAACGGUGCAUUCUUUGUAAACUAUGUGAUUACAUCCAGUCUGAUUGGCACAUCUAUGGAGCUGCUUCGUAUCCCCGCACUGACGGUGUAUGCCCUCCGCCUCUGCUUCGCCAAGUCCCAGGCUGAGCGCAUUCAUGUCAAACGGAGCCAGGCCUAUGAGUUCCAGUUUGGCCUGGAGUAUGCCUGGACUAUGUGUAUCUUUGCAGUCAGUAUGACCUACAGCAUCACAUGUCCCAUCAUUACACCGUUUGGUCUGCUCUAUCUAAUCCUGAAGCACAUGGUUGACAGAUACAACAUCUACUAUGCAUAUGUUCCUACCAAACUCAGCCAGCGGAUCCACAGAGCCGCCAUCAGCCAGGUCAUCCUGGCUCCCAUCCUCUGCAUGUUCUGGCUGCUCUUCUUCUCUAUGCUCAGAUUAGGUCCAGUGCAUCCCAUCACCCUCUUCACCUUAGUAUCCUUGCUCUCGUGUAUUGCCUUUUCCCUCCUCCGCUUGUGCCUUAGGAAGCAACCAGACAAGUCAACGAGCUACCAGAUGUCUGAUCAGCCUGCAGAGGGGACUUACACUGAUGGAGACAGGAGCACUGUAACAUCCACCACUGCCUCCAAUCUGUUUGUGGCGUCCGUGCUGCUGGAGCCAGAGCUGGCUUUGACUCCUAUGCCCUCCCCAGCCCACCACAGCUACGGCGCCAUGGCCAGCUCCCAGAGUUCAAGCCACGGCCCGGCAGAGGAAGAGGAGUGUGAGGAAGGAAACGCCCAGACCCUUGAGACUAAGCUCCAAGAGCCCCCAGUACCCUACUUGUCCAGCCCACUCAUUGACAGCACUGUGGGCUUCCAGUAACACCAAAUCCCCCAAGCUGAUACCCUGUGUCCUUCACCUGGGGAACACAGAUUACUAAAUGCCGCAAUGCUGCGUUUUUUGCUUCUGACCUCAGACUCCAACUUGGCUGCCUCAGACCCCCGAGACCAGACUGCGCUUAGAAAGAAUAAAGAACCAGAAGAAGAACGAAUACAGGAGAAGAGUCCAUGUUAACAUCACUAUAAAUAUGCAGACAGCCGUUUGCCAAAACAUCUCCUGAACCUCGCGUGGAUCCAAACAACAGUCUAAUAGAUAUCCCUUAAUGUACUAAUUACUUUCUUUGAUUGUUCCAUGACAGGGAUCCCAGCUUCUUGUAUGGCUUCAUUUGCAAGUUAAAAAGGUGAAAUAACGAAAGUGACAAGGGUGGAAUUGCCUUUGGGUUGCUAUCGGAGAGACUCUGUCCAUGCUGUGCCACUUGGACAUGAGUGGAGGUGAAAGUUCCCAUCAGUGUGGGUGGUGUGAGCAGGCUUGCCCCGGCAGACUGACAGUGUGGUCUGGGCACGGGUGAAAUCUGGUUCCUCGGCGGCGGAGCUCACAAGGCUGAGUGUGAGGGCAGCUAGUUGUGAAGCCAUCUGCAGUGAGAGAGCAGACAGACGGAGGGCCUAAUGUAACUCAGAGACGUACUGUAAUACAUCUGAACACUCUCUCCAAGAAGGCACAAGCAGCUUGACUGUACCUGAAGCUUGUUGUAACUACUAUCAAUUUAAGGUUGCUAUUUUUGCUACAGUAUUUUUGGUGUGAUUGAUAUUGUGCUUUAUGUUGGAGAUGAAGACUAAUGGAGAUUGUUUAAGGAUUAGCAGAGCUGUCCUGUCUUAAUCAGAGUAUGUCUUUGUUAUGCUGUUUUAACUGUGUAUGUGGUCAACAUCAUUUUAUUUAUUUGUUUUAAAGUAAUGGUUCAACAUUGUGCUAGUUCAAUUGAGGCAACUCUCAUGUCUGCACAGUCAACAUUUAGUUACAGACAUCGACCGCUUAGCUUAGAUUUGCACAAACACUGGAAACAGAGACAACGCGCUAGCCAGAGAUAUUUCUUUGUUGACACCAGAAAACUCAAAGUGUAUUUUUACACAGUUUUUUUUAUGGUUUGAACAAAUAACACAUAACAUUGGGUUUUAGCGGGGCAUGAUGGUAUUUUUUUUAAACUUUUGGACAGAUUUCAGUCUUCAUGCUAAGCUAAGCUAGCUGACUGCUGGCAAUAGCUCUAAAUUUAACAGACAGACCUGCGUGAGGUAUUCACCUUUAUUAUCUAUUCUCUUACUCUGGGCAAGAGAGUAAAUGGGGUGUUCUUCUCCAAAUGAAAUUUUUGAAAGUAUGCCUUGGAGUUUACCUCUUCUUCUUGCCAGACUAUUGAAAUGUUUUGAGUAAUUUAUUCAUUAAAAAUGUCUGUUAUGUGAAAUAGUGUGUUACUAAUGAUGCCGUUAUAUGAAGAUACUAAUAAUAAUUUGCCAUAAAAGCUCAAAAUCCUUUAUUUAAAUGUAUUUGUUCAGAGUUUAUCAAAGAAUUCAGAUUUUUUUUUAAUGGUUAUGUCCAUAAUACAAAUAAAAACAGUAAAAUUCAACUUGAAAUUUGUUUUCAGUUGCAUUAACCUACAAUGUGUGACACUUUAGUGCAUGUUAUGUUGAAUGAGGUAUGCAUUUCUAGGAGAAGUUUAACACAUGCUUAUUUCAUUGUUUUAUUCAUCAGUUUUGGCAGUUUGUUUGCAAAAUGUGUAUUUAUGGGUUAUAUUUAUGUCCUUGCAGGGCAAUGAAAGUUUUUCUCUCAUGAAACUGAAUGUAAAUUGAUUGUAGUUUGUUAUUCAUGUCUCUUGCUGUGCCUUCAACAAAACACUCCCUUUCGUGUGACAAUCCAGCAUGGCCUGAAAUAUGCGGCAUGGACUGAAAACUACAGAGCGCAGAAACAUCUAAGAGAUGAAAACACAACAAAAACAACCCAGUGACAAACCUAGUGAUUUUCAUUCAAUGGUUAGUUCAUCCUGUUAUUCAACAUACAAACAGUAAGCUGAUUACUAUAAGAAACAUUCUUGACUCUAGGUUUGUUUGCUAUCCUUUUUCUGGAGCUUUUAAGGGUAAACUAAAAUAGUCAACUUAUGCAGCAACAUGGACAUAGAGAAGUCAUAAAGAUGCCCAGAUUAAUAAAUGUUUAAAAUCCUGUAAAUCAGAGCAAACUUACGUGGUGAUGAAGACCAUUUGAUGCGAUCAAAAUCCCUCUUCUUGUUUGUCUUAACAUCACUGCAAUUCAGCGGCUUUUUAAGGAUGUCUUGUAUUGUGUCCUUGUAGCUGCCUUGUUCCUAAUUUCAAUCAAUAUAUUUUCAGUUUUCAGCAUUUGUAUUCUUAGAUCUUACAGAGUAAAUAAGAUGGAUGGCCAAACUCUGUAGAAGAUACCUAAUUAAAGUUAUUUUUUUUAAAUAGAGUCAUUCCCUUGUACAUGAUUUAUCUUUGUACAUUUACAUUUUAACAUGUUUGAUUAACAGUGACGGUACUGUUGUUGUUCAGCACAAGAAUUGUUUUUUUCUGAUAAAGCAGAAAGGCUUUUAGUUUAAGUCCAUUUUAUGUUCUGAGUUAUUAAGGUUUAAUCAUAAUAUCAUACGCUGCCAUUGAGUUGAUCAUUUUUUCAGUUGUACUUUCAUAACAAUUAUGGCAUAUUAUUGCAUAAAAUGAAAUCUAUUUGCUCCACUUUACAAGAAAUCUAACUGUAAUUUCUUGUGCUGUAUGAAAUAGAUGAAAGCUGGCUGCAGAGAGCGAAUGAAGUGGUCAGUGCAGAGAAUCCUGAAGUAAAAUCAAUUUGGAAAAAAACAUCAAAGAGCUAACUGAAAUACCAACAUGUCCUUUGGGUUUCUCUUUUAGAAGCUUGUUUCAUAGAUCAUUAAAUUCACUUUCCUUUGAAAAUACAAAAUAAAACGUAUUAGAAUAUUCUUAACUCUAAUAGCCAUUUAAGGAGGGAUUGUCCGUUGUCAUGCUUAAAUAGUUUUAUUGUAUCCUGUCAUGUCUCUUCAUAUACUGUGGGCCGUCCAAGGUCUAUUUGAAAGUAUAUUUGCUUUCCAGACAUGUCCAUCAGUAAGAAAUGUGUGUAUCAUAAAUACUUUAUUUCACACAUCAUAUGUGAGCUUGUGUAAAUGUGGGUUGUUAUAUCUCCUGGAAGGUUGAGGUUAGGGGACGGGCUGCUUUUGAGAUUGAUCUAUGUCAGUCUACGAGUUUUCAUCUGUCAAAAGUGAA